AUGUUUUGCCGCGAACCAAAAACCUUCCACGACGCUAUCAAGCCGCUCACUUACGCCAACUGGGUUCUCGGCAUUGGCAUCUUCCGACAACCAAAACAAAGUGCUCCGACAUACUACUGCAUGCAAGUACUGACAGUGAUAUUCAAUAUAAUGAACUGGACUUUCAUUUACGUGGGGGUGAGCGGAGUGCUACAGGUUAAUGUUUCAAAGGGUGAUUCGCCAGUGUCUCAUAAGAGCAUGUAUAGAGUGCUUAUCUGCACAAGUACUGGCAUCGCAAUUAUUGCUACUGCUUUGGUUUGGCUCAAAAGAAAGGAACUCAAGAGUUGUUUGAGAAAUUACGUCUACUUAGAUGACAUCUUUCAGUCUACUUUCGGAAUUAAGAAUGAUUACAAAGUACUGUACAUUCGUUUAUAUCGUCGAGUGAUUGCUGUUUUUCUAGUCAUAUUCUCGGUGGCUAUUUACGACUUCGCUUGGAUGAUGAAACGCGAACGGUCAAUGUUUGCAAAUUUUUGCGUAUCUGUGACUAUUCAUCAACCAAUGCUCGUCACGCUUUUACUGGACUUGAACUUCUGUGCCAGCGCAACAUAUGUGAAGGAAAAAUUUCGACACCUGAACAACAUUCUACAGGAAAUGGGUCAACGGCAGACCAGCCGUCGCUCUAGUCCAAGACUUUCUUUCAUUGUCCAAAAUAUCACAAAUAUAUCAGAAUAUGGGGCCAAAUAUCCACAAACCGCAAGCCCGACCAGCAACCAACAUCAGUUGCUACAUGAAAUCCAGAAAGCUCACUGGGAACUCUCCAGGAUGGCCAAGAAAUUGAACGGCGUAUUCGGAAUGCAAAACCUGUUGUUCAUGGGAUCGUCAUUUGUCAUUACCACGGGGAUGUUGUAUACGAUGUACAGCGCAUACGUGUUGAACAGCGAGACGAAGGGUGACAUCAAUCGCGUGAUUCCCCCGAUGAUAUUGAUGGUCAUAAGCAGUUUCAAAAUUUGGGUGACUAAUCACUCAUGUUGGGACACCAGCAAUGAGGCACAGAAAACUGGUGAAGUUAUUUACGAGCUCUUCAAACCGAAUGUGAAAGAUGAAAGACUGCAGAAACAGAUCCAUGAAUUUUCCGUACAGAUGAUUCAGAACCCUGUGAAAUUUGAUGCCUGUGGCUUCUUCUACAUGGAUUACACAUUUGUUCAAAGCGUAAUUGGGUCGAUAACGACAUAUCUUGUAAUCCUCAUCCAAAUGAGCCACUGA